GAAAAACCUAAUUUUUGCAUCUUAAAUCCGAUUUAAGUAUUUAAAUAUAAUUGGAUUGCUUGUUUGAGAGGAAACUAAAUAACCAAUCCCUGAGUCAAUUUCGAUUGAAUUGGUGAGUUUUCUUCCCCAGCAAGAAUUGUUGACUAUAACUAUCUGUCGUCUGCAGAGAAGAGUCGAAGAAGAAAUGGGGAUCAUAAAGAGCGGCUUCUCAUUCAUUGUGGGGACAGCUUGCGGACUUUACAUAGCCCAGAAUUACAACGUUCCUAAUGUUCGGAAGCUUUUCAACACUAGCCUUGUCAUCGCCAAGCACAUCGAGGAGAAUUACCGCAAGCCUAAGAAGCGCGACGAUGAUGAAUAAACCACAAUUCAUAUUAUUUUCGAUCUGAUUUUUAUUUUUUAUACCUACAAUUUAGAUACCCUUGUGCAAUUGAAGGGCUUCACUUUUAUUUUUUUAGAUUAGGGCUUGAAAACUUUUGAGGUGUUUAUAAAGAAGAUUUUGGUGGUUACUGUGUUCAA